AUGGCCUCCGUGAUCGCAGGCGGCCUCCACAAAGUCCAAGAGGCCAUCCAGCGAGCCACCUCAAAAGAAAAGAAAGUCGUCGACCUGGAGCGCGACACAGCCAACAUCCACACCAAGCAGCCUCUCACCACGGACCACGGCGUGCGCGUCGAGAACACAGACCAAUGGCUGCGAAUCGUGGAUGACAAGCACACGGGGCCUUCACUUCUGGAGGAUCAAAUUGCUCGAGAGAAGAUCACCCGCUUCGACCACGAACGCAUCCCCGAACGCGUCGUUCAUGCCCGCGGAACCGGCGCAUUCGGGAACUUCAAAUUGCACAAGAGUCUUGAUGAUCUCACGUAUGCGGGUGUCUUGACUGACACUGCAAGGAACACGCCGGUCUUUGUGCGCUUUUCCACGGUGCAGGGUAGUCGAGGCAGCGCGGAUACGGUGCGCGAUGUGCGCGGCUUCGCGGUCAAGUUCUAUACGGACGAGGGGAUCUGGGAUUUGGUGGGGAAUAAUAUCCCGGUGUUUUUUAUUCAGGAUGCGGUGAAGUUUCCUGAUUUUGUGCAUGCCGUCAAACCAGAACCGCACAACGAAGUGCCCCAGGCCCAGACGGCUCACAACAACUUCUGGGACUUCGUCUACCUACACCCCGAAGCAACGCACAUGUUCAUGUGGGCCAUGUCCGAUCGCGCCAUCCCACGCUCAUUCCGAAUGAUGCAGGGAUUCGGCGUCAACGCCUUCGUGCUAGUAAACAAGGCCGGCAAGCGACAUUUCGUCAAAUUCCACUGGAUCCCGCAUCUGGGCGUCCACUCACUCGUCUGGGACGAGAACCUCAAGCUGGCAGGCCAAGACCCAGACUUCCAUCGCAAAGACCUAAUGGAAGCCAUCGACAACAAGAUCUACCCGAAAUGGGACUUCGCCAUCCAAGUCAUCCCAGAAGAGCAGCAGGACAGUUUCGAGUUCGACGUGCUCGACGCAACAAAGAUCUGGCCUGAGGAUCUAGUCCCGCUGCGAGUCAUCGGCGAACUGGAACUCAACCGCAACGUUGACGAGUUCUUCCCGCAAACGGAACAGGUCGCGUUUUGCACGAGCCAUCUCGUGCCCGGCAUCGACUUCUCCGAUGACCCACUGCUGCAGGGCCGCAAUUUCUCGUACUUCGAUACGCAGAUUAGUCGGCUGGGUGUGAACUGGGAGGAACUGCCCAUCAAUCGGCCCGUGUGCCCGGUCCUAAACCACAAUCGCGACGGGCGUAUGCGCCACCGCAUAACACAGGGGACGGUGAACUACUGGCCGAACCGGUUCGGAGCGAACGCACCGACAUCAUUUGAAUCCGAGGGCGGUGGGUUCCAAACCGCAGCAGGGACAAGAGUCGGCGGCACGAAGCAGAGGACGUUGAGCGCCAAAUUCGGCGACCAUCUCAGCCAGGCUCAGCUCUUCUAUAACUCGCUGUCCGCUCACGAGCAGCUGCAUGUACGCAAGGCGUUGGGCUUCGAACUCGACCACUGCGAUGACCCGGCUGUCUACGAGCGCGUGGCCGGCCACCGUCUCGCCGAGAUCGAUCUGCCGCUGGCGCAGGCAGUCGCCGGGCUCGUAGGCGCGCCCGUCCCGGACCGGGCACUGCGCGCGAACGCGGGCCGGCGGGCGCCGCACCUCUCGCAGACGGAGUUUAUGCCCGCGACCGGCACGAUCGCCAGCCGGCGCGUGGCUCUUCUGAUCGGCGACGGAUUCGACCCCGUCGCCUUUGCCGGGGUCCGGGCUGCCGUCAAGGCUGCAGGCGCUCUGCCGGUUGUCGUUGGGACGCGGCGCUCGCGGAUCUACGCUGAGGGCGAAACACCGUCUGCGUCUGCGGCGGCUGGCAGUGGCAUCGUUCCCGACCACCAGCUCGACGGCGUGCGAUCGACGCUGUUCGAUGCGACGUUCAUCCCUGGCGGCGCGCAUGUCAAGACGCUAGCGCAGAACGGCCAGAUCCGGCACUGGAUUGCCGAGACGUUUGGGCAUCUUAAGGCGCUCGGGGCGACGGGGGAGGCUGGGGCGUUGGUGCAGGAUGCGUUGGGCGCUGCGCCGGCCCUGCAGGUUGCAGCGGCGGAGCCGGUCGAGUGGUAUGGGGUGGUGACGGCGGGGGGCAUCCAGAAACCGGAGAAUUUCCGGGAGACGGCUGCGAUAGUGCGUGGGGCGAAGGACUUUGUCGGGAUGUUUUUCUAUCAGAUUGCGCAGCAUCGGAACUACCAGCGUGAGCUGGAUGGGUUGGCGGUGGCGGUGGCUUUCUAA